UCGCAUCAAUCGCCUAUAUAAGCGUGGAACGGUGCUUGUCGUUUGCAGGUUACUUUCAGAGCUUAAGUUCCAAGUAUCUUAGUGUGCAGUGUUCCUGUUAAAACUACUACAAAAUGCCUGAUCCAUGCUGUAACGAGAAAUGCGUCUGUGCCGAGGGUGGCUGCGCAAAGGACUGCAAGUGCGCCAGUUGCAAAUGCGCCCCUUGUGAGAAGUGCGCAUCUGGGUGCGCUUGCCCAUCCAAGGAGGAGUGUGCAACAAGAUGCACCAACCCAUGCAAGUGCUGCCCAUAGACGAACGCAACUCGACUGUCUUCUGCUGCUUGUUGCAUGAUUCGAGCAACAGAAUUGAUCUGUGCAUAUUUUUUUCAUGAAUGACGUAUUAGAAUGGUAAAAUAAACUUAAAAGGGUGUGAA